AUGGAAACUAACCAACCACAUCGCUACUAUUUAGAACAAUAUCCAAAAGAAGGAGAAGUUGUCGUCGGUCGUAUCAAGUCCCUAACGGAUAUCGGAGCAUAUGUAACUCUUCCCGAGUACAAUGACAUUGAAGGUUUAAUUGUUUAUAGCGAGUUAACUAAGAAGCGAACCAGAAAUAUUCAAAAACUAAUCAAAGUUGGCACAUUAGAGGGAUUUUUAGUCUUAAAGGUAGAUAAAGAAAAGGGGUACAUUGACUUAAGUAAAAAAAGAGCCCAAUAUGAAGAUAAGCUAUCUGCUUUUGAGAAGUACUACAAGGGCAAGAUAGCCCAUAACUUUAUGCAGAGUGUAGCCGUUAAGACCGGGCGGAGUUUAGACAAAGUUUAUGAAGAGUUCGGUUGGGAGGCCGAAAAGGAGUUUGGAUCGUUAUAUAAGUGUUUCCGGGAAGUCUUAAGUAGUGAAAGUCUCUUGCAGAAUCGAUUAGAAAGGAGUGAUUUUAUAACAACGGCUUUUCUUGGGGAGGUAGAAGAGUUAGUGAAGCAAAAGUUCAGUAUUCCUAAGAUCAAAGUACGAGCUGAUGUAGAGACUAAGUGUAACCAGGGAAGUGGGGUUAAAGUAGUGCGAGAUAUUCUAGUGCGUAUAGAAAAGGACUAUCCUGAGAUUGACGUGGCUUUAGUUUCAUCACCGGUCUUUUCUUUCUCUAUUAUGAGUGAAGAUGGCGAGGUGGGUGAGAAAGUCUUAUUAGGAGCCUUAGAGAAGUUAGAGAAGCGCAUGAUUGGAGCUGGUGGGGAGUAUAAACUGGUUAUGCCGCCAACGACCUUUGGGCCUCGACCUCAAUUUGAUAAUGAGUCAGAGGAAUCAGAAACUAUCUCUUCGGAUGGUUCUUGA